GCUUCUCACUAGGAGAGAUAGAGAGGGAUAGAGAGAAGAGGCUAGAGGUAGGAGGCCAGAUAGGUAGAGCUUGAAGAUUCGAGCUAGGCAGAAGUAUUUGAGGAAAGAGAAACCAGUGUGCAGGAUUGGUCCAAGAAUUCAGGCUUUGAAUGUUCACUGAAACAAUGGAGGUAUUUGGAAAAUCUAUGGUAGCUGUUCCUACAACUGUUAUUUAUCUGUCAAGCAUUCUGGGCCAAGAUGAUGGGCCGAACCCGGUUCACAAAUGUGAUUGGAAAUGUGAAAAUGAACACGUGUGUGGGAACAUUUACAGAUGCAGACUAACUGGGCUGACUCACAUUUGUGACAAAAACUGUAACCAGAGAAUCUUGUAUGACAACCAUAGCUCCCUUUGCAGAGUGAGCAAGCAGAUUUUUCCACUAACACCAGCUGAAGAGACGGCUGUGAAAGGAAUACGGAGGAAGCUUGAUGCUGAAAGUUCACCAUCCGACAGCUGUGCUUUCAAGCGUAGGCGGGAUGCGACAUUCCAUCCAUCGCCGUUUGAGAGAUCUUUCUCCGCUGUUACUCCCAUUUGUAGCCAAGUUGGAGAUGGAAUGGACAUGAGCUAGAUUUCAUCUGCUUAUUCUACUUCCGUUUUUUAGUGUUUUACUGCUCUCAUGAGACAAUAAUGCGAAAAACACUUUGAUAAAGCCAUCUUAUGUGGCAGACUGGAUUUAUCAUGCCAAGUCUGUAGGAGACUCUUAUAUUGAACUGAAGUACCUUCCAUAACUUACUAGGUAGUUAACUUUAUCAUGCAGCCGGAGUUAUUGUUAUCACAUUUGAGCUCCACUAGUGGAACUUAAGAGCUCAAUAUCUGAUUUAUCAGGUUAUUGAAGUUCUUUGUUCAUUAUGUUAUCAACUAUUGAUGUAAUAGCUUUACCGUGCUUUCUUAUUUUGUAUUGGUUAGCAUCAUCUCACCAAGUCCUAUUUUUCGACUUGCUCUGCAAUGGAGUUGUUUGACUUGACUAAUUUUCUUUAUAUGUAACAAUAUUACAGGGUACCAUUAUUUCUAGAAGCCUUAUUAUGACCGGAUUGUUGUUGGAAAUGUUAAAAUUGUUGUGGCCUUCUUUUAUGGACACUCAAUUUUAAGUCUAGCUCAUAUCAUUAUUGAGUUUAUUCAAGUUAAAACUGAUGUUUACUUCUUUGACUUUCUGUUUUUUCAGGUUUAGGGAUAUAAGCUGAGCUCAUUUCUGGUUAUAUGUAAUGGUGCAUUAAAUGGUGUUGUUUUUGCAGGAAUUGAAGGGCUACAAUUGGAAAAUCGAUAGCCUAAUAUAUGUGUUUAUUUAUAUUCUCUGUAUUUUCUUAAUGAGAAUCUGAGAUUUUUUAAUUAAUGAAUAUGAGAAUAAGGUUCUGAUUGUUAUAAUUAUUUAUUUUUCUUUUCAUGCAGGGUGUUUUUUCUCUAAUAUGCAUUUCCAGAAUUCAAAAGUCUCAAAUGUGGCAUGCUGUGUGUUUAUCAACAUAUUCAUGCCAACUGAAGUUGAGGCCUGUUCAUUAAAGGCACACCAUGUUCUGCUCCUAAACCUUCUACCAUCGCCUAAUCUUCCUAUCAUAAGUACCAUCUUCAACCAACAGAUUACCGGGAUUUUCAGUUCCUACUGUCAAGUAUCUGUGGGAAGUAGCUCGAAUAAAUUACUCAUUCCAGAAUUUUGGAACAGAACUUGAAAUCUCUGCAAAAUCAAACUGCAUGUUUCAUCAUAACCAAUAGCUGUCCACAGACAAUAUGGCCUGCCACGUUGGCGGGUGCAGGAACUCCUGCACUACCUACAACUGGAUUUCAGUUGAACUCCGGCCAAAGUAUCUCCAUUCCAUGUACCCCAAAGUGGUCGGGCCGCAUUUGGGCAAGAACUGGAUGUACUUUUGACACAUCAGGUGCUGGAUCUUGUGAAACAGGGGACUGUGGUGGAAAGCUUGAAUGCAAUGGGAUGGGGGGCAAACCUCCCUGUUCUCUCUUUGAGAUCACUGUCGGAGGUUGGGAAGAUAAAGAUUUCUAUGAUAUCAGCUUGGUCGAUGGCUACAACUUACCAAUGAUAAUGGCCCCUAUAGGGGUUCAGUGCAACAGCACUGGUUGCAUUUCCAAUCUCAACAUGGGUUGUCCUAAAGAGCUUCAAAUGGUUGGGGGAGAUGGGGCUGUCAUUGGGUGCCAGAGCGCCUGUGAGGCUUUUCAAAUGCCUGAGUAUUGCUGUAGCGGAGAGUAUGCCAAUCCAACAACUUGUAAACCGUCCUUCUAUUCUAAAAUCUUCAAAAAUGCUUGUCCCAGUGCGUACAGCUAUGCAUUUGAUGAUGGAACCAGCACCUUUACCUGCAAGGCUGAUCAGUAUCAGAUCACCUUUUGCCCCAACAGGACCAAUAAUGGCAACAAUUCAACAAGCGCUCCACUUCUACCACCACUGCCGCCUUCUCCACCUAACGGCGGUACAGUUGCUACACCUCUACCACCACCGCCUUCUCCACCUAAUGGUGGUACAGUUACUACACCUCCACCUUCUCCACCUAAUGGUGGUACAGUUGUUACACCUCUACCACCGCCACUGGUUACGCCUCCGCCGACACUGGUUAUGCCUCCGCCGCUACUACUUGUACCGCCACCACCUGCUCCACUUAAUGGAGGUGUAGGUGUGAUGCCUUCACCUCCAGGUCUUGGCGUCGCUACGCCUCCACCGCCUCCACCUUUUAGCAAUCCAGUUGAUGGGCCUCCACCCCCAGCUAUUCCACGACUUAAAAGAAAGACUGGGAAUUCCAUGCCUGAAGCAGGGAUUGUUUCAUCUUCAAAAAAGAGUCUACCCUUCUCAACAUUUACCAUAACCGUUAUGUUUCAACUAUUUCUGCAAAUAUAGAUUGCUAGAACAAUUUUCAGCUUUGGCAUAUGAAAAAGCCGCCAUUAACCCAUUACUGUAUGAGUUUGGAAGAGUUCACAAUGAUGCUAGUUUGUUAUUAAAUGGGUUUUCUAUGAAAUGUUCACUAAGAGCCCGUUCUGUAACUUUGAUUUUACACAUUGAAUUGUGUAAUUGUAAGAUUAUAAGAUAAAGUAAGGUUGGAGUUACUUUUCAUUGGUUGAAAUUACUGUGGAAGACCAUUC